UUAUUUCACCGGAGCACAUGCGGCGAACAGAUCGGUGGCAUGACCCAGACCCAGCAGGAUAACGUGCUGGCCCGCUUCAGGUCGGGCAGGAUCAAGUUGAUUGUGGCUACCUCUAUUGGUAACGAAGGCAUUGACAUCCCUGACUGCAACGUGAUCGUUCCCUACAACCACACCGGCAAUGAGAUAACAACGCUCCAGGUUCGAGGUCGAAGCAGGAAGGUUGGCGGAAGAACUGUAAAUCUUGCAGACGACAAAGUUCAAGAACGAAAUUGUCGCAACCUGGUGAAAGAAUAUUUGAUGAAACAGGCGGUCGACACCAUCACUCGAAUGCCCUAUGACCGAGUUUCAAAGCUAAUCAGGUUGUUUCAACAGGAAGUUCUAGCGGCAGCGGAAAUCUCAGAGCGAGAAAGACAGGCUGAUGCAAGGCAGGCGACACAUGUGCAGUACUGUGUCAUUUGUAAACAUUGCCGGACAGAACUGACAACUGGUGACUUGAUGAGAGUCAUCAAUGGAAGCCAGUAUGUAGUGGUUGACAAAACCUUCACAUCGAAAAUAAAUAGCCAUGUGCCGAGACAGAUAAAUGACCAGCUAAAAUUUGAUGAUGUCAUUAUGGCUGGCGGGAUCUCGUGCAUGAAAUGCCAUAAACCACUUGGAAGCCGAAUCCUCGUCAGUGGCGUGGUGUUCUACACUCUGGGAAUAAAGCAUGUUCUAUUUCUAAUCGAUGGAACUCAGGAACCUCAGAAGUUCAAACAGUGGUCGAAGGUCCCCUUCAAACCGAGACCGAUGAGUACAGCAGAUCAGCAGGAGUACAGCAGACCCUGAAGGAGACCACGCUGGUCUCAGUGAGCGAUGAAGCAAUGUGAUGUAUGGACUGUUUGUGAUAUGUAACGUGUUUGUUAUGUACACGUUACUGACUGAUU